AAGUUAGGUUAGCUUGAGUCACCGAACCGCUGUCGAUAAUCGCUGGUACGCUUCGCAAUCUGAAGAACGUCGUUUGGAUGAACGGCAAACAUAAAGAUUAGUUUCGGCGUCUGUAUGCGGAUACGGUUUCUUGGCGAGAGACAAGCAAUUUUCGGGACUGAGGUGCAAUUCUGGACAUCAAACUGACAGUUCUGUCGCCGUCGACAAAAAGAAAACGAAGACACCAUUCGAAGGAAAAUGUCAAAGAUCGAAGAAGCGAACGAGCAUAUACGCCAGGCUGAAAAAGCUUUGAAACCUACUUUCUUAAAGUGGCGACCUGAUUAUGAGGUAGCGGCUGACGAAUAUUCACAUGCUGCAACAUGCUUUCGAGUAGCCAAGUCAUAUGUACAAUGUAAAGAUUGCUUAGUGAAAGCAGCUGACUGCUACAAACAAACCAAAGCAUGGUUUCAUGCGGCAAAGAGUGUUGAGCAAGCUCUGCUUAUCUCUAAGGAAAUGGGGGAUCUGACUGAGGUAUCAAAGCUAGCUCACAGGGCAUGUAGUCUUUUUCAGCAGCAUGGUUCUCCCGAAUCAGGAGUACACUCUCUCGACAAGGCAGCUAAAAUGUUGGAAGCUACACAGCCUCAGCAAGCUCUGGAGCUGUACAGACGCGCAGCUGAUAUAAUUACGGGUGAGGAUAAUCCGCGACACGCAGCGGAAUACAUGAGCAAAAUCGCGAGAUUAUUGGUGAAGCUGCAAAUGUAUGAUGAAGCGGCAGAUGCGAUACGUCGCGAGAUUGGGAUGUAUCAGGAUGUCAAGCUUUGGCAAUCAGUUGGAAAACUCACUGUGGCAUUAGUUUUGGUACAAUUAGCACGAGGUGAUCAAGUUGCGGCCGAGAAAGCUUUCAAAGAAUGGGGAAACUUCUGCGAAGCUCCCGAAGUCCAAACAUUGGAGAUGCUGCUGCAAGCAUAUGAUAAUGAGGAUGCGGAUGCAGCUCGCGCAGCCCUUAACAGUCCCUUUAUCAAGCACAUGGAUGUAGAAUAUUCCAAGUUAGCGCGAGGUUUGCCUUUACCGCAACAGGAAUAUGCUAUUCCACCUGCUGGAAUAAGAGCCAAUGCUGCGGAAUCUUAUGUUUCUCCCAAUGCGUCCAAAGUCGCCGGACAGGCUACUGUUGAAGCAGAAGUUAAUCACACAAAAAAUGAAAUUAGCGAAACUAAUCAAUCAACAGAAAAGAAGUCAGAAGUUGCAUCGCCGCCGCCGACACAAAAACAAGAGGAAGAGGAUGACUAUGAGGGAGGCCUAUGCUAAUCGUCUUUACAUGUACAAAAAAAAAUCUUUUAUUGCUUAUAAAUUGUUAAUUACAUAACGCUUGCAUGUAUAUUUGAGCGUUUCAUCGAAAGCACAUCGUUCGCUUUGAGAAAGUUUAUCUUUCAGCUAACUCUUAAAGGAAAUUUAACACCCAGAAUUAUACAUUAGAAUUAUACAUGAAAGGGGAUAACAAUCUUUCUUUUUUAUAUUUAAUAUUUUUAUUAAUUUCAAAAUGUUAGUUUAUAAUUUAUAUAUUUAGUAAUCUUUUUUUUUUCUAUAGAAUUUUUGUAAGUUCCAAGAGACUUAAUAUAUAAACAAUUAUAAAAUGUUA